UUCAGUAGCACUACUACUAAUGUUAUCUUUUCUGUUAUUUCAGGGGUCCUGGACAUGACCGCUACGGAGAACACCAUCCGUUUCAGUGUCCACACCCUGGACAAAGCCACGAAAGCGAAAGUCACCUUAGAAAAUUAUUACAGUAAUCUGAUAGCCCAACACGUCGAGCGAAAACAAAGGUUAGCGAAACUCGAAGAAUCCCUAAAAGAUGAGACCUUAUCGGAGGAACAGAGACAUGAAAAAAGGUUACAGCACGCCCAGAAAGAGACAGAGUUCCUCAGGUUGAAAAGGUCCCGACUGGGUGUUGAAGACUUCGAGCCCCUCAAAGUGAUAGGUAGAGGGGCAUUCGGAGAGGUUAGAUUAGUACAGAAGAAGGACACAGGUCACGUGUAUGCUAUGAAGAUUCUCAGGAAAGCGGAUAUGUUAGAGAAAGAACAGGUAGCGCACGUGCGAGCUGAACGUGAUAUUUUGGUGGAGGCGGACCACCAGUGGGUGGUGAAGAUGUACUACAGCUUCCAGGACCCCAUCAAUCUGUACCUGAUCAUGGAGUUCCUGCCUGGAGGGGACAUGAUGACCUUACUGAUGAAGAAGGACACCCUCUCUGAAGAGUGCACCCAGUUCUACAUCACGGAAACCGCGCUCGCUAUAGACUCUAUUCAUAAGUUAGGAUUCAUACAUAGGGAUAUAAAGCCAGACAAUUUAUUAUUGGAUGCAAAAGGACAUUUGAAAUUGUCUGAUUUUGGACUUUGUACAGGAUUGAAGAAAUCGCAUCGAACUGAUUUCUAUAGGGAUUUGAGUCAAGCGAAGCCCUCAGACUUUAGUAAGUAUAUGCAAAUCUUGAAAUACAAGGUAUGUCUCAAAGUAAUAACCUCGAGUCCAAUGGACAGCAAACGCCGUGCAGAAAGUUGGAAGAAGAACCGUCGACAGUUAGCGUACAGCACGGUAGGGACGCCUGACUACAUUGCCCCCGAGGUAUUCUUGCAAACGGGAUAUGGUCCUGCCUGCGACUGGUGGUCCCUGGGUGUCAUCAUGUACGAAAUGCUGAUCGGGUACCCUCCCUUCUGUUCGGAGAACCCGCAGGAUACUUACAGGAAGGUCAUGAAUUGGAGGGAGACGCUGGUUUUUCCCGCUGAAGUGCCCAUUUCCGAAGAGGCCAAAGAUACAAUUAUCAAAUUCUGCUGUGAGGCAGAUCGACGUUUAGGAUCUCAAAAAGGACUGGAAGACUUGAAGCUGAAUCAAUUUUUCCGGGGAGUGGACUGGGAGCACAUCAGAGAGCGACCGGCAGCUAUACCAGUCGAAGUUAGAUCUAUAGAUGAUACGUCAAACUUUGACGAUUUCCCUGAUGUGAAAUUAGAAAUUCCUGCAGCGCCUAUGCCUCAAGAUGGCGAGAUAAAUUAUAAAGAUUGGGUGUUCAUCAACUACACGUUCAAGAGGUUUGAAGGUCUGACGCAGAGAGGGACUCCAACCAAAAAAUAAUAGUCAUAUUCUUCUGUGUCUGUUCAUUUAGCUUUAACUGGAGAAAAUACGAAUAAAUCCAGCCUUGUAGUCAUACCAUUUUAUCUAGGAGGAAUGUGAACGUAGCAAAAAGUUUCUGUGUUCGGACGAUGAUAAUGAAAUAUUUACGGACAUGUAAUAGAUCAAAUAUAUUUACAUUCUUUUACACAAAAAUAGCAUGUCUUUGAUUUCAAAAAAUCUAACAACUAGCUAGCUAACUUUUCUGAACAACCAUAAGAUGUUGGAAAAUGUAAUUGUCGGGAAAUCAAAUUAAAUUCAUAAGAAAAUAUGAGCUGUGAAUUUGUUGAAAUACACAUAACAGUUUCUCUUCGCUUAACGUAUUGUGUAUAUUUUAUACUUUUGUAGUGACUUUCAGAUGAAAAAAUUAGGACAAAGUUAGGAUAUGUGAAUCUAAAUAGAACAAAAUUGAAUAUUGCUGUUAUAAGAUUACCUAUACCGCCAAUAUUGUAAUUGUGAUGCUUUUCCUGUUUUAAAUCUCAUUAGAAUGUAACAAGCGCCUGCCGUUUUUAGUACAUAAAAGUGUGGUCUCAAACUUCAGUAAUCAAAGGAAUGGUAGUCGAAUCUCAUUAAGGUUUUUAUAACAUGCUGGCCUUCGUACAAAUUUAUACUUUUCCAAACCUGCGUAUUCACCAAAGGCAAGUCAGCUUUUCAAUUGCAAGUUAACGUUCAGUUAUUAGAAUUUGUUUUUUCGAGUAAUUUCAAAGUUGUAGUUAACGCCAUCAAAUCGACACUAGUUUUUUUUAUAUUUGCAGUACUUGCAGAUGUCAUUGUCUCUAAAUAAAGGUAACUGCAUUUAAACAUUAGUCGAAUAUAUAAUUACAAUUAAUCUGAGAUUGAAAAAACAUAGUCACAGCUCAUAUAAUAUGCCAUGAAUCAUUUGUAUCUGCUCGUUUCUUUUUGAUUCACUUAGCAAAUCACAUUUGCUACAAAACUACUACUACAGUGUUUUCUGAUGAUAAUCUUUUUAUGCACGUUUAAAAUUGUUGCUUCCACAUUUCGUCCUAGAUAGGCUCUCUUCUUUGAGCUGACAAGUGACAACUUGAGAUUGAAUUGAAAAGGGAAUACAAGAGACGCUUAUUUUUAGAAAAUGAGGGAUAUUAGGGAACAUUUUGUUUAUACGGAUACUAUAGUUGUCUCCUAAGACUAUUAUUGUAACGACUUGUCAGCGUUUUCUAAAAAUAAGUAAUCCAAAUUUCGUGUAUUAUAGUUCUGAAAGUUUUCUAUGUUGUUUUGAGAGCAAAACUAUUGUAAAUGUUGUGUUUAGCGUGGAUAUACAGGGUGUUUCAUGAAUGUAUUUUGCAGCUGUCAGACAUUCUUGAUAUAAUAACAUCUGUUUUGGACAUGUGGCAGCACAUGUCAGAAUGUUGCCAUCGUCAGUUAUACUCAAUACAUACAGAUCCGCAGACAGUUUAUUUAUAAAAUAAAUUCAUGUGAGCUCAAAGACUAGAGCUCCCUUGUUUAUACUACCAGUGGUAAUAAACAUUCAACAGUGCUUUUUUAUUGGGUACACAUUCUAUGUAGCGUUUUUGGCAAUACCACAACCCAAUACAUUUUUAAACCUAUCAACUAAGAACAAGAUUGGUACAAAUAUGGAGCAAAGUGCUAUGAAUCACCUUGUGUAAAACAGACGUUUUGUGUCUGAAUGUUGGGAAAUUAAUUUGUGUAAAUAUAGAUGCUUAUUUGCUCUCCUAUGCGUAAUUUCAUAUGUUUUUUGUAUCAGUAUUUUGGGAAAUAUCGCCUUCAAAGGUGUGGUAUAUCUGCAAACAAACACUUUUCUAAGGAUUCUCAAGCAACUAAAAUCACUUUGAUAUCCUCGCUAAAGAAUUAUGUAUUAUUCUUGAGAUUUUAUCCAAAUAUAAAAAAUGAGCCGGCCUGUUCGAUUCACAAGUAUUUCCUAACAUUGUGGACCGAGACGUAGCGUUGCCGUUCAUAAAAUCCUUUCCAAACAUAAUAUAGUGUAUUAUUGCAUGGAUAAAUAACUAAUAGUUGUAAGCAAAAUGAAAGCAGAUAGUGAUUGUAAUUUUGUACUGAAUUUUAUUUUUGUGAUAGGGUAUGAUUAUGACACAUAAAUAUAGUAAUAUUUCGUGUACAUUAGGUCAGUACAAAAUUAAUAUUAUAGUGCUGUCAGUUUGAUUUUUGGUAUCAUAUUCUUGCAACUCUCGUGAAUUUGGAUGUACAUUGCUUAUAAAUAGAAAAUUCUUUGAGGAACUUCCUGGAUGAAUUACUGAUAAGUUUGAUCUACUUCACUUCUUCUUCAACUUUAUAGUAUGAAGCCAGAACAGUCCAUAUGUGGACACAAUUUACGCCUUGUUUCAAAAUUCGAGAUCGUACAGGGUGCGGCAGCAUAACUUCCUUUUUGCAAAACUUACUAAUGAAUUAGAAAGUGUUUAAAAUAAAAUCAGAUAGGCGGUGUCCCCCAGUCUCCAUACACUGAGUAAACCGAUUUGUGGCGUUUGCCAUGACUCUUGACAGCAUAGCAGGCAAUUUCUUCCUGGAUGUUGGUCUUCAAAUCUUUUCGGUUCACGUAAAAACGGUAUUUCAAAAAAAAAACAGAAAAAACUAAGUAGCCAAAUCGGGAGAGCGGGCCGGUAACUCCAAAUCGCUUUGGGAAGUGUUCCCUCAAAACAGCCAUUGAUGCUCUUGAAGUGUGUGCCGUUAUACCUCCUAACUCAUCUAGCUGAGGAAAUGAUCCUGUAACAUGUUUAUAUACUGGCCCGAAAUCACUGUCACUGCGACUUCAUAAUUCCCAAAGAAUCAGGAAUCAAUAAAUUGCACACCACACUGUGAAUAGGUGAAUUCAAAGGCAUUUCUCGAGGAUUGCUGCCAGCUCAGUACCGCAUAUUUUGUUUGUUAACGGAUCCACACAAUUAAAAAACAAUAGCGUCAUCGGGAAGCGAGAAUUGAAGUUGGCUGCACAAUUGCCAUCUUGUCAGGAUGGAAAUGAAGGUCAUCGUGAAGAAGUCCCAUCACAGAACUAUCGGAAAUCUAAGGGCAGACACAAACAUGUUUGCGCGCAGAACGUCGUGGUGAUCGCAACAUUGAAGCUCUGACUGCCUCAAUGUUUUCAGGUGAUCUACUUGGCGGAAGGACUCCAGUUCUUCGUCUUAUCACACUUGCAGUUUGUUUGAACAUAUAGUGACGCACAUAACAAUUGAUGUCUAGUCAGAAACAGGGGCCAACGGAGCAAAAUUGAAGCGAUUCCAAAAGGCGCUCUGGGUUGCGAUCGCAGAAGAUCUGCUCGAAAAGUACGUAUUUCAACGGCAACAGCACGCUCCUCACUGAUCCAACGCGUGAUUACGACUGAACUGUGUCAGGAUCAAAUAGAGAACCAGACCACUAGUGAUCCUCUACUACAUCAACCGACUAAAUUUUAAAUAAGGAAGUUAUGCUGCCGCACCUUUAGUCUAAUCAUAUUAGCAAAUUUCCCCGGAAUAAUUGUAAAGUCUGGUUUUACUGGUGCAAGUUGUUCAAGGUUUAAAACAUGGACGCAUAAAAUGAGUACACCAAUUUUUGUGGGAAAACUUUUUAUUUGACAAGAAAGAAUGAGAAAACGUGUUUUUGGGAUUCAAUCGAAAGUGUUGACAGAAAGCAAAAAACUUUUCCUAUAAGAUUUUUAGAUAUUUAUGAGACCUGCAAAAUGAGACCACACGUAAAAGGAUCCGACUAUGUUAUGGCCGAAAUACGAGGCAAAAUUAAUGUUUUGGCACGUGUUGGUAAUGCGACGAUAAUUUCACGCAACUAUUUGAAAUUCACCAAAUCCGUAGGAUUCAUACUUCUAAAUAACAACAAAAUUGGAUUAUAUUGGUCAAGUAGUUUUUUGAGAAUUUCUAGUUGUGUAUACCAAAACAACUGUUUUCCGGCUAUCACUACUAGUUUAUUGAGCAAUAUACAGGGUUCGUUCAAAGAGCAUUUAAUAGCAAAAUACUCUCCGAAAGAUAAAUGUUAUUUUUAUGCGAAAAACAAAGGUUACGUUUUUAUCUCCUAAACAUAUUCAAACAUUUCGUUUUUGUUAGUAAUUGAACAAACGCGCUACGAUAUUCGAAAAACAUAUGUUACUAUUCACAUUUUAAAACAAAGCGGAUGACACUAUCAUCUUUUGUUACGAAUUACUCACAUAUUCGAAAUGUUUGAAUUUGUUUAGAAGAAUAAACGUAACCUAUCAUUUUUUGCAUAAAAAUAACAUUUAACCUCCAGGAUGGUUUGCGAUUCAUAUCGACAAAGUGAACUAGUUGUAUUUUGCUAUUAUUAAAUGCCUUUUGAACUAACCCUGUAUAUUGCUUAAUAAACUAGUAGUGAUGGCCGCAAUACAGGUGUUGUGGGAUAAACAAUUAGAAAUUUUCAAAAACUACUUGACCAAUCUACUCCAAUUUCAUUGUGGUUAUUUAGAAGUAUGAAUCCUACGAAUCUACAGAAUUUUAAAUAUCUGCGAGAAACCAUCGUCGCAUUACCAACAAGUGCAAAAAACCCGCAGUUUGCCUCGGUUUUCGGCCAUAACUUUUUUGCUAUUAGUCGUAUCUUUUUACGUAUGGUCUCAUUUUGUGGGUCUCAUAAAUACCUAAAAAACAUAUGGAGUUUUUUCGUUCCUGCCAACACUUUCGAUUGAGUCCCAAAAAACACGUUUUCUCAUUCUUUGUUGUCGAAUAAAAAGUAUUACCAGAAAAAUUUGUGUACCCAUUUUAUGCGUUUUGAAUACCCCCUUGAACAACUUGUAGCAAUAAAACCAGACUUUACAAUUAUUUUGCAAACCAGGGGUAUUUUCGUCUAGAAUAAUUAAACUACUUGUACUUGUGAUUUGUAGUAUUUCGGAAGUAACCAAGGCACAGAACCCUAGUGUACUGAAAUUUGGACUUUAUUUUAUCUCCAUAACUCUCUAUAUGUUCUGGUACAAUUAUGACUAAAAAAUUAUGGAUUUUGUUAUUAGUGCUAACGUGUGAUCGUCUUUUGUAGUAGUAAUUUUUCGAGAACGUCGAUUUAUGUUAUUUGGAAAUCAUCAACCUUCUGGUAGUUAUUUACAUUGGCGAUGCCCUUUGGAAAAUACAAAUUCAAGUUAUACUACCGAUUGAUGAAAAACAUUUGGAAGAAGUUUUUGUUUAGCAGUUACAUUUAAAAUGAUUUAUUCAGUCACUAAAAUUAUUUCUAGAUUAUUCUUGAUCUUGGUGAGAAAGUAACCUUUAGAACAACCGUGCAACAUCCACUGUUAGUUACAACACUAUAAUCUAAUUUUGGUGUAUAUGUUAUUUUUUGUUCGUUGUUAUGAAGUGAUACUUUUAUUAUUAUUGUUUUAACUUAUACAACUAUUUUCCCAAGAAUGUCGGGAAAUUCCUUUUUGUAUUAGCUUAAAGAUGGUAAAUCACUUAAAUUUAUAGCACCAUGUCGCUUGCUUCUGUCAGUGAGAUCAUAACAAAAAUACCUCUUUUUGUAAUUUCUUAACUUGGUUGGUAACGUAUGUUGUACAUACAUAUUUGUCAUCCACUUGUUAUAGCAUUCCCAACGAGUGAUUUUGCUGUUAGCCCCGGUUUGCCCUUAUCAGCAUCUUAGCAUCUUAGAUGCUGACUAAAGCCGAAGUGAUUCACAUGGUUGUCUGGGGACGCGGCCAUCGAAAAUUUUCCACAUUUGCCAGAAACUCUUUAUGACAAAAAUAGGGUGCAAACAACCUUACCAACUACGAUAUUUUACGGGACAAUAAGAAUGUCCUGCUUAAAAUGCCAUACGGCUGAGUAUAUGAGGUUGGAUUUUUUAGGGCUGGUCAUAUCAAAAUUUGACUGUCAAACAGUCUUAUUAAGUUAGUAAUUUUUGAGAUGAAUGUAGUGUUCACGUAGCUCUCUACACAUUGUAAAACUGUAAUAUUGUAUUAGAAUUUAUUUAGAAUUAAUUUUGUUAUUUAUUACGUUUGUAUUUUAUAUUUGGUCUCGCUAACAGGACUUGUAUAUAAAUAUUUACUUCCAGAACUGUGUAUAACAAAUUUUAAGAAAGUAAACUUUUCUGUGCUUAACACAGUUCUUUGAUUCCACACUCCUUUAAUCACUAAGAUACAUUAUGUUUUUGAUGACAGUAUACAGGGCCGGCUCAAAAGUUUUCGGCUCCCAAGGCGAUUGUAUGUAGGUGACUCUACCCUUCCUAUCCCGCCUUUAGCAUUUUCGAAGGCUGAUUGCACCAAAGUAUGCAUACAUUUGAAAUCCCCGUUAAAGUCUACUUUCGAAGUAUGUAUGUUAUCACAAAAAAUCUACUUGUCCCACUUUUCGCCUGUCCUGCUCUUAUCGGCGCCUCAAGGGUCGCCGCUCACGCAUUCGUGUAGUUCGGGUAGGGUGUUUUCAAAGUUGUGUCAUUUAUUUUAACUGCUUGUAGAACUCGUCAAAAGGAGUUGAUAUAUCAAAAAUCACCUAUAUAAAAGUUGCAUAAUACAUAGAAGAAACAGCAAACGAUUAAAAAUUUAAAAAAAACAAGAAUGUUAUUACACAGAUUUUUUGAUAUUCUCGAUCACUGCUUUGUAAAAUGUUUGCUUUUUUGUUUACUACUCUAAAUUUAGCAAACUUUUUGUAUUAUUGUAUGGUUUUCAGUACGAGUCUUUGGUUCGAUCAGCGGUAUUAGGCCCAAUUUCACCAACAUUAAUAUUAUGGACCAAUGGGAAAAUUCCUUAUCAAGUGAUUUCUAU